AUGAUCCAGGAGGUAUGCAGCCUCGCCCCCUACAAGCAGUGUGCCAUGGAGCCACUCAAGGUCUGCAAGGACAAGCGUGUCGUCAUGUUCAUCAAGAAGAGUGGAAAUGGAACGUAUAUCCGCGCCAAGAGGAAACAUGAGGAGCUGAAUAACGAUGCCUCUGUAACUAGUGUGUCAGUAGCAAAAACUUCAGUGUUAAGUGAUAAAGAUGUGAAUGUGUCAGAGGUCUUUUCCUUCACUGAGCCUCCUCCCCACACCCCAGAUCAGCAGACAAGGGUGAAUGGCUUCUUUACAAAUGCUGCAUCAGGGCAACAAGGCCAAAGAACUGGUUCAAAACCGUUACUUCCAAGUUUGUUGCUGACUCCACAGGAAACUUUACUUACUUCCCAAAACACAUCAGUGGUAAAGAAACCCUACAGUGCUGUUCUCAAGAAACUGGAAUUUAGUUCUUCCCCAGAUUCUUUCUACACUAUGAAUGAUUGGAAUGAUAUGGAAGACUUUGAUACCUCAGAAACUUCAAAAGUAUUUGCUACACCACCUAAAAAUCAAGUUAUAAGAGUAAGCACUGCUCAGAAAUCAAAAAAGGCCAAGAGGAAUGUUUUCAAAGCACAGCCUCAUAAAACAAGCACCGUAAAGGCAGAUCUGACUCUGUCUGAAAGCCAGCCUAUGGUAGACUUGACUAAGGAUGAGAAAGAUGGCUCAGAAUGGUUAAAAAGUAGUGUGAUUUGCAUCGAUGAUGACUCUGCUCCCCAGGUGCUCACAAGUGGAGACACUCAGGAAAGUCAGUCUUUGAAAAUGCAUUUGGAAGAUGAAAGAGGUAAUAAUGAAAAGCACAGUGAGGAAGAUGUUGAACUACAUUCAACUGAGAAAGCUAUAUACGUUGAGCUUAAUGAUGAUGACAUCGAUUUUGUCCCACCUUCUCCAGAAGAAGAAAGUAUUUCUGCCUCUUCUUCUUUGAAAUGCUUUAGUACAUUAAAAGAUCUUGAUGCCUCUGACCGAGAGGAGGAUGUUCUUGGUACAUCAAAGGACUUUUUGUCAAAACCAGAGAAAAUGGCUACACGGGGGCCCAAUCCAGAAAUCAGUACUGACUGUGACGCCAGACCAAUAAGUUUGCAACAACAGCUUCUUCACGUGAUGGAGUACAUCUGUAAAUUAGUGGACACUAUUCCUCUGAAUGAACUGAAAGCUUUGGAUUGUGGAGAUGAGUUGCUACAGCAGCGAAACAGAAGAAGGAAACUUCUAGCUGAUGCCAAUUUCACUAGAAAUGAUGCCAAUCUCCUUGAUUCAUUGUGGAAAAGCAGGCCUGAUACACUGCGUAGCCUUGGGGAGGACGAUUCCUGCCCUGUAGGGAGUUCUGUUAAGGAGCUAAGUGUUCCAUGUCUUCCCUCAAAUUCUCUGUCCAGCAGGGAGUGUUUAUUGAGCACCCCAGGAGAGACAGGAUUCUCACCCACCUCGAGAACUCUUUUUGAAAGACCUUUAUGCAAUUCCCAUUUAGAGAAGUCCUUUGUCAAUAGCAACUGGACUGAAACACCAAGGAUAGAAAAAAGGAACAAGAGCUCUUAUUUCCCAGGAAAUGUUCUCACAAGCACUGCUGUGAAAGAUCAGAAAAAACACACUGCCUCAGUAAAUGACUUAGAAAGAGAAAGCCAGGCAUCCCAUGAUAUCGAUAAUUUCGAUAUUGGUGAUUUUGAUGAUGAUGAUGACUGGGAAGACAUAAUGCAGGAUCUGACAGCCACUAAAACUUCCACAGCGGCCUGUCAGCCCAUCCAGAAAGGUGGGCCACUUAAGUUGGUAUCACAGAAGAUUUCUUUAAGUGAGACACACUGUCUCCCAGGGGCUUCUCUUGUUCCACAUGACACUGACAAGUUGACGCAACAUUUAGCAUCCAAAAAUACAAAGCAGGAGCACUUCCAAAGUCUUAGUUUUCCUCAUACAAAAGAAAUGAUGAAGAUUUUUCACAAAAAAUUUGGCCUGCAUAAUUUUAGAACUAAUCAGCUUGAGGCGAUCAAUGCUGCACUGCUUGGUGAAGACUGUUUUAUCCUAAUGCCCACUGGAGGUGGCAAAAGUUUGUGUUACCAGCUGCCUGCCUGCGUUUCUCCUGGGGUCACUAUUGUCAUUUCUCCCUUGAGGUCAUUAAUAGUAGAUCAAGUCCAAAAGCUGACUUCAUUGGAUAUUCCAGCUACAUAUUUGACAGGUGAUAAGACUGACUCUGAAGCUGCAAGUAUUUACCUCCAGCUAGCAAAAAAAGAUCCAAUUGUAAAACUUCUGUAUGUUACUCCAGAGAAGGUCUGUGCAAGUAACCGGCUAAUUUCUACUCUGGAGAAUCUGUAUGAGAGGAAGCUUUUGGCACGUUUUGUUAUUGAUGAAGCACAUUGUGUGAGCCAGUGGGGACAUGAUUUUCGCCAAGAUUACAAAAGAAUGAAUAUGCUUCGCCAGAAGUUCCCUUCCGUUCCAGUGAUGGCUCUUACGGCUACUGCCAACCCCAGGGUGCAGGCGGACAUCCUCACUCAGUUGAAGAUCCUUAGGCCGCAAGUGUUUAGCAUGAGCUUUAACAGACAUAAUCUGAAAUACUAUGUAUUACCGAAAAAGCCUAAAAAGGUGGCAUUUGAUUGCUUAGAGUGGAUCAGAAAGCAUCACUCAUAUGACUCUGGCAUCAUUUACUGCCUGUCCAGGCGGGAGUGUGACGUGAUGGCAGACACACUGCAGAAGGACGGGCUCUCAGCUCUGGCUUAUCACGCUGGCCUUAGUGAUGCUGCCAGAGAUGAGGUGCAGCACAAGUGGAUCAACCAGGAUGGCUGCCAGGUUAUCUGUGCAACAAUUGCAUUUGGAAUGGGGAUUGACAAACCUGACGUGCGUUUUGUGAUUCAUGCCUCUCUCCCUAAAUCCGUGGAGGGUUACUACCAAGAAUCCGGCAGAGCUGGUAGAGAUGGAGAAAUCUCUCACUGCGUGCUUUUCUACACCUACCAUGAUGUGACCAGACUGAAGAGACUGAUAAUGAGUCAUCAUGCUGAUGGAGAAGGGAUGAAGGAGUAUGAUUACAAGACAAGAGAUGUGACUGAUGAUGUGAAAAAUAUUAUAAGAUUUGUUCAAGAACAUAGUUCAUUGCAAGGAACAAGACAUGUAAAGCGUGUAAGUCCCUCUGGAAGAUUUACUAUGAACAUGCUGGUGGACAUUUUCUUGGGGAGUAAGAGUGCAAAAGUUCAGUCAGGUAUAUUUGGAAAGGGAUCUACUUAUUCACGACAUAAUGCCGAAAGACUUUUUAAAAAGCUAAUACUUGACAAGAUUUUGGAUGAAGACUUGUAUAUCAAUGCCAACGACCAACCAAUUGCCUAUAUAAUGCUGGGAACUAAAGCCCAAGCAGUACUAAAUGGGCAUUUAAAGGUAGACUUUAUGGAAACAGAAAAUUCCAGCAGCAUGAAAAAACAGAAAGCUUUAGAGGCAAAAGUAUCUCAGAGAGAAGAGAUGAUUAAGAAAUGCCUUGGAGAACUUACAGAGGUCUGCAAGUCUCUGGGGAAGGUUUUCGGUGUCCAUUACUUCAAUAUCUUUAACACCGCCACACUCAAGAAGCUCGCAGAAUCCUUAUCAUCCGAUCCUGAGGUUCUGCUUCAAAUUGAUGGUGUUACUGAAGACAAGCUGGAGAAGUAUGGCGCAGAAGUGCUUGCAGUGCUGCAGAAGUACUCGGAGGGGACGCCGCCAGCUGAGGACGCCUCCCCAGUGAUUAGCUUGUGGGGCAACAGAGGCAGCGGGAGGAAUGCCCCUGAGGAGCUAGAGGAGGAAAUGCCUGUGUCUUCCCACUACUUCGCAAAUAGAGCCAGAAAUGAAAGAAAGAGGAAGAGGAUGCCAGCCUCCCAGAGGCCUAAAAGGAGAAAAACUAGUUUUGGUGGCUUCAAAGCAAAGGGGGGGUCUACCACAUGCAGAAGGAUGUCUUCUAAAAACAAAUUCUCCAACACAGUUGGAUCCAGCUCAGCCCUGCAUAACUCUCAAGCAACAUCAGGAGCCAGUAGAAAAUUGGGGAUUAUGGCGCCACCAAAGCCUAUAAAUAGACCAUUUCUCAGGCCUUCAUAUGCAUUUUCCUAACAACCCAAUGGCAGUGUGCGUAGAUCUUUGUUGUCUGUCAGCAUGACCAUCUGUGACUACAGAGCUGUUAGUCUUGUUACACUAUUUGAAAUUUUUACUCCUAUCUAUUAACAUUUAAAUAAAUGCUUGGGGUGCUAGUUUUUAUUUUUAAAAUAAACAAUUUCUUUUGAAUAGCAUGUCUGGCCGCCACUGCAAGCAUUGUGGCCAUUUCUCAGAAAGUCUGAAGCAGGAGCUGAAUCAUCUCAGAAAGGAACUAUAAGCAUGACAUGAAACCCAGAAGGCAGAGGCAGACACGCAAGGGACAUUGUGAAACUGUAAGCUUCUUGUAUAAGACACCACCAGCAGAAAUAAGGCAAAUGCCACAGAAA